CUCGUCACAAUCGAGCAGAGCAUUAUCGACGGCAUCGUGGUUCGUUCAGCCUCGACGCACCGAAUCACAUCGCAGAAAUCCGCCAUCGCGAGGAAUGAGAGUCGUCGUUCUCUCGGCGCUAUGCUUCGGCUGCUGCCAGGCUCUGCUCUAUCCCAAGGAGACUCCUUCGCGAGAUGUCCGACGUUUGGACGGAAUUUGGAAGUUUAAGCUCGCGCCAAUCGAUGACCCAAACAGAGGAUUCGUAGAUUAUUGGUUCAAGCGUGACUGGGAUAAGUUCGCUAUACCGUACGAACCGAUAGCAGUUCCCGCCAGCUACAAUGAUUUGACCCAGAACGCCGCUGUGAGAGAUCAUGUCGGCAAUGCAUGGUAUCAGCGGAAUUUCUUCGUACCAUCUCAUUGGCGGAGCAAACGUGUCGUUCUCAAUUUCGGCAGUGUGCACUACAACGCUGUUGUGUACGUCAAUGGCGUCAAGGCCAUGGAACAUACGAUUGGGCAUCUUCCGUUCGAAGCUGAAGUAGGGAGUCAUCUGAAUCCUGUCGAGUCCCCCGACAACCUCAUCACGGUGGUCAUCAACAAUACGCUGACUUUAUACACCCUGCCUCAGGGCUCGCUCACGCUGAAGAUCAACGAUACGGACUACCCACCAUUUUACUACAAGAACGUCGGGAAUUUUGAUUUCUUCAAUUACGCUGGCAUCCACCGGGGAGUGUUCCUCUACUCCACAGAAAAAACCUUCAUUUCGGAUGUGUUGAUUCGGACGGAGGAGGCCAACGAGAAACAGUCAGCGAUCUCCGUCAAUGUGACCGUCUCCGGGAAAGACGCAUCUAGAACUAGUUGUGAUAUCAUCAUCCUGAACAAGGGAGGUCGAAAAGUGAAUUCGAUGUCUGCUUGUUCGGGUCGCAUCCUCAUGGAAAACGCAACACUUUGGUGGCCCUAUACACACAGCUCGAUACCAGGUUAUCAAUACACUCUGAUUGUCUCCCUCCGUAUAACGAGUGGGGUAAUCGGCGACGUCUAUCCCGUGAAAUUCGGUAUCCGAACCGUGGUGACAUCCAACAACCAAAUACUGCUGAACGGGAAACCGUUCUAUUUCACCGGUUUCGGCAAACACGAAGAUGCAGACGUGCGAGGCAAAGGACUCGAUUUACCGCUGAUAGUCAAGGACGUCAAUCUGAUGAAAUGGCUGGGUGCGAAUUCAUUCCGAACGUCGCAUUAUCCGUACUCGGAGGAACUCAUGGACAUGUGCGAUGAGAUGGGAAUCGUCGUCAUCGAUGAAUGUCCCGCCGUUGGUCUCGAGAGCUUCAAUGACGUUGUCUUGGCGCUUCACAAAAACGCCCUCAUAGAACUCAUAUCUCGAGACAAGAAUCGACCGUCGGUUUUCAUGUGGUCCAUCGCGAAUGAGCCGCAAUCGAAUCAACCGGCCAGCGAAAGAUAUUUCUCUGAGAUAGCAAAGCUGGUGAAGAGUCUUGAUGAAUCGCGGCCCGUGACAGCGGCCAUCAAUCAGAACCCCUCGCUCGAAUUCGCAGCUCAAUUCCUGGACGUGAUCAUGUUCAACAAAUAUGCCUCUUGGUACAGCGACGCGGGCGCGCUGGAAGUCGUCCGGCGACAGGUCAUCAAUACGGGUAGGCGAUGGCUUGCCAAGCACAACAAGCCCGUAAUGAUGAGCGAAUAUGGGGCCGACACAGUACCCGGACUGCACGCAUCUCCCGCAUGGAUGUUCAGUGAGGACUAUCAGACUGAGCUGAUCAUGGAACACCACCGAGCGUUCGACGAUCUGCGGGCGCAAGGCGGUUUCGUCGGCGAACACAUUUGGAAUUUCGCAGAUUUCAUGACGGCUCAAGGUCUCACUCGAGUAUUCGGAAACCGGAAGGGUAUACUCACGCGGGAACGUCAGCCUAAAGCCGCAGCCCGAGUCAUCCGCUGCCGUUACCGAACCAUUGGGAAUCUCACCAGGAACGAUGACUCGUUCUACUGUCCAGUGACCGCGACGCAACGGCACCCACACACGGAGUUCUAGAGCAGCUGUCCUACGAGGCGCUGCGAGCAAUGAGUUUCCCUCACCGGUAUCCUUGAACGCUCUUCUGCGGAGGCAACCGCCCUCAGAUCGAGCGGCAAGUUUCCUGAGAUUAUAUCGGAGGGGUCUCUGCACGUCGUAAGGUGCCUGUAAGUCGCCUGGGCUCGUACUCAUUAUGCUGCGGAGGUGAAUAACUUACGACCGGCACUUUCAGGGCUUAUGCGAGCCGUUACACCCGCGGUAUCAAUACACAUCACGUCAUCUGGGAAAACAUCGGUGACAGCAUCACUUCCUCGAUGACGUUACUCUGAGCACAGGAAAGGGAAGAUCGGCCAGGGAUUCCAGCCUGCGAGUAUUCACCGAUUCGAAAUUUGUUCGUCCCGCUAUUCGCGCGAUUUCGGGGUGGUAUUCGAGACCGGAG